AUGUACGUCGCACAAGAAGCAGUGGCUUUGAAAUUCCGCGUUAGCACAGCUGGGAACAGGAAUUUUUGGCCUCAGAGGCGUUCAAUAUGUCCACGAAUUCAGAACUCGCCUUUGAAGACGACGCGUUGCUUUGUCGAUGAUCAUGAAAACGAGAGAUAUGGAUUGUCCGUACACCCUCGUCUGAUCGCGGUGGCUCCUUCAGUGGCUUGGGUUCUAAGCAAAGAGUAUGGCUCCUCCGGGGUGUUGAGUAUUGAACGCCCUAAGUCGGACAUGUCUCAGAAAUCUCCUUCCAAGAGCGCCACGGCCAAUCCAGCUCUUGAUGACGGGGGCGGCAACACAAAAGACGGAGGCGACGGCGUGGACAUUGGCGGUGGAAGUGGAAGCGGCAGCAGCGGAGGAGCUAAUGACGACGACAAGUACAGAUUUGAUGACGACGAUGAUGAUGAGGAGGGCUUUUCCUUGUUCGGAAAGCGGGUUUUGGCUCCGGAGAUUUUCGACCGGAUCACUAUGAAUGCGGUGUUGAGUGAGUGGAAGCAGACGAUGAAGGACUUGCCUAAGGGCUUACAGCGGGCGUGCGAGAUGGGUUUGUUGACAACGGCGGAAAUAACGAAAUUCUUUUGGUUCCACACAAGGCCAACACUUGCUAGGCUCUUCGUUCGCCUUCUUCCGAAAGGCUUAUCGAUGGAUUUCUACGCGAAGAUGAUGUCUGAUCCGGCGUUGCCAUGGAAGGUAAUUUUUGAGGCCGUUUCUUCUGUUGGUUGGUCUGUGCGGCUGGACUUUGAGAAUAAAUAUAAUCAUGGAAAAGAAAGCGAGUGGAAUAGUAAUGAUUUUAUGAUCAAACGAGAGUGGCAUUCGGUAGUUGUUAAGGCAGUCACAAACGCCGCUUUCAAUACCUUCAUCGUAUUCUCUUUGGCCCCUUCUUCGGAGUUCAUCCGUUUGCGAAAUCUCCCCAACAAUGUCUUUGAGAAGAGCCGACGUUUUCAGCAGUUUGAUAUGCAGAAAAGGGCUCUCUCCUUCUUCCGCAAGGCGGUUUCUCUCUUCACUCUUGGAUUCGCCACAAAAGCAGCCGCCGAAAUCCGGUUGCUAAUCAGUACCGAUCAUAAGAAAACCAGGUCAAUUGGGACAUUUGCAACUCUGAGCAAGGAGGCACUCGCCGCAGGGCUAUCAUUGGGUUUGCUUGUGAAUCUCCGGCAUCAGCUGAUGUGGGGGAUCGAUAGAAAACUCGACCGCCACUUCGAUGUUACGAAAGUUUCGCUUGCUUUUUGUUUGGCACUGAGGUUUCUGAACGUUGGCAUUGGAACUCAGUCUCAGAAGUACUGGAUUGGCUCUGAGGAUCAGGACCUGAAUCAUCUUCUGGUUCCGAAUUUCGAAGAUUAUAGUUGGCUUGGUUUAAAGAACAUCGUUGUAACUGGUUCUAGACUAGGUGACACUUCCAACAAGACUCAAACAGCUGCUAAGAGAAAAAGGGUGGUAAAGAAAAAGGUGAUAGCUAAUCAAUGUUAG